UACUCGUUGAAGCUGGAUUCUUCGGACCCAUGAAAAGCUCAAAGAACUCGAUUCCAAAUCGAACUGUGUUUUCUUUGGUUUGACGACGAUUCUGCCUGCAAUUCUCAGAGACCAAACAUCAAACACCUAGUGGGCAUCACAUAUCGCACACUUUGAGUGAUGAUAUUACCUUUUGCGAAGCUAGGGACACUUGCUCUGAAAACAUUUUGCAAACCAAUCGCCAAACGUAUCAAGAAAGAAGCUGGUCGUCAUCCCAAGUUCCGCCACUCCAUCAUCAACAUUGCCCAGGUUAAUCAUCGUUUCACGACAAAGUUGCAAAGGCGCAUAUAUGGUCAUGCAAUGGAUGUCGCUAUUCGCCCUCUAAACGAGGAUAAAGCUGUCCAAGCUGCUGCAGAUCUUCUUGGAGAACUCUUUGUGUUCACUGUUGCAGGAACUGCUGUUAUCUUUGAGGUCCAAAGAAGUUCGAAAUCAGAAGCUAGGAAGGAAGCGCUUCGUAAACAAGAACUUGAGGCACUGAGACAACGAGAUGAAGAUCUGGCUAGAGAAAUUGAGAUGCUCAAGUACAAGAUCAAGGAGAUGGAACGAGUUGCCAAAGGACAAGGAUUAGGCACCCUUUUCAACUUUAGAAAACCGCACGCCAUUGAAGAUGGGCAAAGCAAAGGAAUCUAGUUACACGAACACUUGGACUUCCGUGAAAGCAAACCACCGAGUCCAACCCUGCAGGGGUAUUUCCGUCGAAACGUCACCAGGUACAGUACACUGACUUGUAAUGCUUGUUGCAUGCUUUCCCUUGGGUGAUAUUGUUUCAGAACAUUAGAAACAUAUCAGAAUAAGAACAUUAACAUGAGAUUUUCAGUCAGAUGUGGAGUCUCUGAUUCAUGCGCUGAUAUAUUUGCAUUGCUUUUUGGUCUUUCCAAAGAAAAGUGGUUUGGAUCAAGUAGUCUUGUACUGAUAUGACAAAGAGUGUUUUGGAAUACACUGCAACAUGUGUUGCUUUUUUACUUUCUUUGA